AUGGCCGCGCCUAACAGCACAACGUUCAGUCACCUCACCUUCGUCCUGGUCGGCAUCCCGGGCCUGGAGCCCUGGCACCCCUGGAUCUCCAUCCCCUUCACGCUGAUGUACACGGCGGCUGUUCUGGGGAACUGUGGUCUCCUCCUGCUCAUCGCCACCCAGCGCAGGCUGCACGAGCCCAUGUUCAUUUUCCUCUCCAUGCUGGCAGUGGCCGAUUUAAUAUUAUCUACGUCUACGGUGCCAAAUGCAUUGGCCAUCUUCUGGUUUGGACCCAAGACUAUUGCUUUCGGUUCCUGCCUCAUCCAGGUGUUCUUUGUUCGCUUUGGAUUUGCCACCGAGUCGGAUAUCCUACUGGCCAUGGGGUUUGAUCGGUACGUUGCAAUCUGCAACCCCCUGAGGUACACGACUGUCCUCACCAAUGAGAUGAUUGGGAAAAUAGCCACGGCCAUUGUCGUCAGAAGCUUUUGUUUAAGUGUCUGUGUUGUCUUUCUCCUCAAACGGCUGCCCUUCUGCGCAAGCAACGUCAUCCCGCAUUCCUAUUGUGAGCACAUUGGAGUGGCCAGGCUGGCCUGUGCAGACAUAACCAUCAAUAUCUGGUUUGGCUUUUCAAAGCUUCUCUUAACCAUUGUAGUCGAUGUUGUGUGCAUCGCCGUGUCCUACGUGCUGAUCCUCAGGGCUGUCUUCAAGCUGCCCACCAAAGACGCCCGGCACAAGGCUCUUGGCCCCUGCGGCUCCCACGUCUGUAUCAUCCUCUUAUUUUACAUCCCAGCCUUUUUCACUCUCCUAACCCACCAUUUUGGCCAAAAUAUCCCUAAACACAUUCACAUCCAGCUGGCCAAUCUCUAUGUGCUCGUCGCCCCUGUACUAAACCCUGUUGUUUAUGGGAUGAAAACCAAGCAGCUGCGGGAACAAAUGGUCUGCGUGGUGUCUCAGAAGUGGAAAUGGUGCUGA